AUGCCCUCUCCAUCCAGUGAGUCCACUCCUACCCACCCUCCCUCCCAUGUUCCUUCACCUUGCCUCGCACUCACAACAACCAGGUACUACAACCUGGUGACCUCGAUCUUCCAGAAGUCCGGACGGAUGUGCGGGCACCUGUGCCGACUCUCGCCGAACGAGCCGAUGGCGCAGUCGCUGGUGCGGCACGAGCACUACCUGGCGCACCGGGUGAACAUCCAAGAAGGCGAGAAGAUCCUGGAUGUGGGGUGUGGGAUCGGCAACCCGGCGCGGUCGAUCGCACGGUUCACGGGGGCCAACAUCACGGGGCUGAACAUCAACGCGCAGCAGCUGCGGCAGGCGCGCCAGCUGACCCAGGAGGCCGGGCUGGGGUACCAGGUGAACUUUGUGGAGCAGAACUUCCUGCGCAUGGACGACUUCGCGGCCGAGACCUUCGACGGGGCGUACGCGAUCGAGUCGACCUGCUACGCGCCCGACCUGGUCGAGGUGUACUCGGAGAUCUUCCGGGUGCUGAAGCCCGGCGCGCGCUUCGGGGUCUACGAGGCCCUGCUGACGGACAAGUACGACGAGGCGAACCCCGUCCACCGCGAGGUCAAGACCAACAUCGAGCGCGGCGGCGGGCUCGCCCGCAUCCACACCUCCGCCGAGGCCAUCGCCGCCAUGAAGGCCGUCGGCUUUGAGAUCCUGGCCGUCGACGACCUCGGCGCCCGCCCGGACCAGAUCCCCUGGGAGACCCAGCUGAGUGACCCGACUCUGGAGAAGCAGGGCUGGCUGUCCUUUGCGCUGUUGAGCGUCUUCUUUGCCGCCCGCGCCUCGCCGCUCGUCAAUCGCGGGCUGCAGGCCGUCGUGGGCAAGUUGGAGCAGCUGACCCUGUUCCCGGCCGGGUCGCAGAAGGUCGUGGAUCUGGUGGUCACUAUUCUGGAUGGCAUGUACCGUGGCGGAGCGUUGGGCAUCUUUUCACCCAUGUUUUUGAUCGUGGCGAGGAAGCCGGAGGCGUAGUCUAG